AUGGAUGCUACAAAAUUUGUUGCUUUGCUUCUGCAAGGCCUCGUCCUGUUCUCAGUGAAGGUUCAUGAGGAGCUGGAUGAGACCACCUGGCAGCGCAUGCAAGAGCGUGAGAAUGAGAUGGACCAGGAGAUGGUUCAUAUGAUGCAGGAGAUGGAAAGAAGAAGCCAACUGCACUGGAAGCUGGUGUCCAUGCUCCUUCAGCAGUGGCCUGAGGAGCAUGGAAUGAUGGCCUGGGGAGCUGUGCUCUUUGCUGCCACUGCUGCAGUCUUUGUCCUCCUCUUUUGGCUCUGCUGCUGGCUGAGGAGAAAGAGCCCUGAUCCAGACUCUGUCUGCUUCAGGAAGAUCUCAGACGCCAGCACAUAUCUGGCAGAGGAAGAGGAUGAAGAGGAGGAAGAAGGCGAUGUAGAAGGUCUGAAAGAUGUGAAGCAAGUAGAAAGGAGUGCUGCCCGGCACCUCCGGUGGCCAGUGCAGAAAAUGAUCUCCAGGAGCCGGGAGGUGAAGCGAAUGGUGAAUGACCUCCUUCAAGUCCUGCAAGAGCGUCUGUCAAAGAAUUCAUUACCAGUGCUGCAGCCUGCCAUUGGUGUUGGCAGUGCCUUUGAAGGCUGGUGUCCCUAUGAGGAGGACUACAUUGUCUACCACCUCCUUGUGCCCAUGAAGCCACCCCGUGGGCAUGUCUUCUCCCUGGAGCUUGAAACAACAGAGACUCCAGCUAAGGACUGCCGCAUCCGUGUGGGUCUGAAAUGCACCUGCAUUGCACAUAGAAUCCUACGCUUUGUCCGCAAUAGCAAGAGGUGGCUGAGUUGGAGAAAGAAGAAGACACUGAGUCUCCUAGACAUCCUCUGUACCCAGUCAUACCUGGACGUGGAGAAAGUUACCUGUUGGUUCCAGGGCUUGGUGAAGGAAGCUUGGGUGGCCUUGCCUCAGGCACGUGAAUAUGAACUGAAGGUGAUGUCCUUCAGCCAGCGCUCCUGCCUGCUGCAGUUGAUAAGUGAAUAUCGGGGACCUCUCAAUCUUCAGAUAAUGUUUGGGGUGCAGCAAGGUGAUACAGAUAUCUUCUUCAGCAGUCAGACUGCAGAGGACACCUACACCCCAAGCACAAUAUGGAAAGAGAGCUAUGCUGUGGCAGAGGGCAAGUUCUUCAGGCACAUAGCCAGACAGGUCCCACGUGGCAGCUUCCACCUCCGAUGCCUAUACUUCUGCUCCCACCUCUUGGACGGCACGAACAUCACUCCCUAUAUGUUGAAGACAAGUGUCAUGCACCUCCUCAACACCACACCUGUGACAGGCUGGAGGAAAUCGAAUGGCACCACCCAGGUGGCACAUAUCCUGAGCUUCCUGAAACGCUGCCUGGAACAGAAACAGCUCAACCACUUCUUCUUUGGCAACAGCAACAUGCCCAAGGAGAUCACCUUGACCCCACACUUUGAAACAUCCGAGCCACUCAAUCUCUUGGAGAACCUGGUGGAGAAUCCAGCUGCCCAUGCCAGGGCAAUGAGACAGUUGAAGCAGCUUCAGAAAGAGCUUGCAAAGGGGAUAUACUAG